AUUGACGCGCGUUCGAGCCAAUCAGAUCUCAGAGAGCGCCUUCUCCUCGUGUCCUGCCCGCCCACUCGGGCGCUUUGCCAACUCACAGAAAGUGCCACGACUCCAGACUCAGCGGCUGUUCCGAGUCAGUGAAAAAACUUCGGCUGUCGGAAACAGGAUCAUCGGUGGAACAGGACCAAGCAAAAAUGGACGUGUACGACCCUCAGACCCUAGGCAUCAUGGUUUUCGGUGGCUUCAUGGUGGUUUCUGCGAUCGGAAUCGCCUUGGUGUCCACUCUCUCCAUGAAGGAGACCUCUUACGAAGAAGCCUUGGCUAAGCAGCGCCGCGAGCUGGCCAAAGCUCAGCCCCAGCGUGUGGAUAAGAAGAAGAAGGCAGCGGAGAAGAAAAGCAAAGCCAAGAAGAAGGACGAGAAGCCGAACGGGAAGCUUCCUGAACAGGAGGGGCAGCACGACUCUAGCCAUGAACCUGCAUCGGAAACUAGCGAUGCAGAAGCUGAAUUGGAGGUUGCUGAUGUACCAGCUCCCGUUUCUGUACCGGUUACCCCAGUGAUCCCAGAGCCCAAAGCUGAGGUUCAGGUAGCAGUGACAAAGCCUUAUGUAGCAGCAGCCCCACCUGCACCUUCCCCAAAAGACAAGAAGAAGAAAAAGGUAGCGAAAGUAGAGCCAGCCCCUGCUAAACCAGUUGAAAUUCCGACUCCCAAGGGCACGAAACAGCCAGCUGUUGCUGUCGUGGCAGAAGUUGCCCCGGUGACGAUUAUCCCAUCGAAAGCCGAGCCGCCCAGACCUGAAGCCUCUUCCAAGAAGAAGUCAAAAAAGAAGGCAGAGCCAGCAGCUGCCGCGGAUGGUGCAGAUGUGCCCCUGCUGUUGCCGUUUAAAACUCUGGUCUCCACCCUGAGCAGCUCCAGUUUCAGCGACUCGGAGACGCAGAAGCUUUUGGAGAUCAUCAGCGACAAGGCGGGAGCGGACACCUGGCAGCUGGCAUCUCAAAAAGGCGACCCGCUAGCAGCUCUGAAGAAGCAGCUGGAGGAGAAAGACAAGCUGCUGUCUGCUGAGCAGGAGAACGGCGCCGCGUCUAAGACGCGCAUCCGCGAGCUCACAAAGGAGCUGAGCGGCGAGAAGAGCAAGAUGGCCUCGGUGGAAACCCGCAUGAGCUCAGAGCUGAGCGCUCGUGAGCAGGAGAUCGCCGCGCUGCACGCUCGCAUGAAAGCUUCCUACGACGAGCACACGCAACAGACGCAGAAGCUCAACAGCAAGAUCCAAAGCCUGCAGGAUCGGCUGGAGAACGGCCCUGCUGCGCAGCUGGCUCGCCUGCAGCAAGAAAACACCAUCCUCAGAGACGCUCUGAACCAAGCCUCCAGCCGCAGAGAAAACAGGCAAAACGCCGAGCUGGAGAAGCUGCGCCAGGACGUCGCGUCUGAGCCGCGAGCUGGCGAACGCACGGACACGCAACGCGCCGAGGAGGAGCGCAGGAAAACGCUCGAGUCCAAAAUGGCCGCCACCGAAGAGCAGCUGGCCCAGGUCAAGACCGGACGCGCGGAGGCCGAGCAGACGUUGCAGCAGACGCUGGAGAAGGUCAAGGCCGAGUUGUGUCAGGCGCAGAACAACAGCGCCACCCUGCAGGCCCAGCUGCAGCAAGCACAACAGGAAGGCAGCCAGCUCAGUGAGCUGCAGGAGUGCGUGCGCACCACGGAGGUGGACCUCAAGGCCAGAUGUGCAGAGGUGGAGGAUCUCAAAUCUCAGCUCGCUCAGGUUCAGCAGGACGCACAGGAGCAAGUCCUCGUGGAAGCGCAGGCCCCGCUGCAGUCCGCUGCACCACAGGUGAACUCUGGGGAACUGGAGCAGCUGAAGAACAGUGUAAAGGAAAAGGAGGAUUUGGUGGCGUCUCUUGAGCAACAGCUGGAGAAGAUGAAAGCAAGUGCCUUGGAGACCGAGAGCUCAGCGCAGCAGCUACAGGGCCGUCUUAGCCAGCGAGAGAGCACGGUGUCGGCGCUGGAGGACGAGUUGAAACAUCUGAGGGAACAGAUGGAGCAGCAAAAAUCUACGGUGGACAGCUCGGUGCUGCAGCUGCAGGGCAGCCUCGCAGAGCGAGAGAGCCAAGUCUCGGCGCUGGAGGAGGAGCUGAAGCAGCUCAGAGAAGUGGUCGAGCAGCAGAAGGAGGCGGCCGAGACGGCAGAAGCGGAGCAGCCGUUUGAGAACUUGGAGAAGGAUGCCCGUCUGAUCACUCUGGAGGAGGAGCUGCAGCAGCUGAGGGGACAGGUGGAGCAGACGAAGGCAGAGAUCAAGGAUCUUCAGGAGAAGAACACCGCUGCCGCCGAGUCUCUGGCUGCAGCUGAGCGACUGAGUGAUGAGAGACUGCACCAAGCAAUUAACACUCAGAACGAGGUCAAACAGAAGCUCGACGCUCUUCAGGCGGACACCAAGAAUGCUCUCCGAACCCUUUUCCCUCAUGCCGUCAUAGAAACCGAACAGAGUAAUUGGUUGGAGGCGUUCACGCUCAAAGCACAAGAGACGCUCUCACACAGUCAACAGGAAACGUCUGAAGAAAAAGACCCAGCACUAACAGAAGCUCUACAGCAGUUAAAGGAAGCUCAGGAGAGUCAGGUGGCGCUGCAUGCGCAAUGUGAGCACUACAGAGCCGUACUCAGUGAAACGGAGGGCAUUCUGAAGGACCUGCAGCACAGCGUGCAGGAUGGAGAGGUCGCGUGGAAAUCCAAGAUCUCUGAAGUCGAGGAACAGCGGGCGGCGGCUCUGCUUCAGGUGAAAGAGUUGGAGGAGCGUGUAGAAGCACUUAAGACAGAUGACCAGAGCACAGAGCAGCUAAAAGGGCAGGUGAUGCUGCUCGAAGCGCAGCUGGAGAAACAGCUGGAGUCUAUCAGCUUCAGCCAGAGCUGUACUGAGGAGAUGGAGCAGCUGAAGACGUUGUUAACAGCCACUCAGAGUCAGCUGGAGGCGGCGCAAUCGGACGCUCGGAAACAGCGCGCCGAGCUCGCGGCGGUCAGACAGCACCUGCAGGAAAAGAGCGAGCAUGCGCAGAGCAACGGGGACACGCAGCUCAGCCAGGCCCAGAAUUGUGUGAGUGACCUGGAGGAUCAGGUAGCAAAGCUGAAGUCAGCAGGACAAGGAGCCACCACCGAGCUCAAGGAGAGGCUUGAGAAAGAGGUGAAGCUGGCGCAGGAGCUCACCGAGACGUCGGCGACGCUUCAGCAGAAACUAAUCAGCGCUCAGGAGGAGUUGACCAAAGAGAAGGAGGUGGUGAGAAACCUGCAGGAGAAGCUACAGGAGAAAGUGCAGCAGCAGGAAGGAGAAGAGAUGAAGGAAGGAACUUCAGUCUAACGUCUCGGCUGGAAGGAGGAGCCCAACCACCAAAAACGCCUUACAUUUUUUUUUUUUUCUUCUUUCUGUAAUCGUUCGUGUACUGUGUUAAGAGGAGCGCAAAGGGAGGGAAACGACAUACGGGGUCCAAACACAAGUUUAACGACUGAUUUAUAUUUUUAGUAGAAUUCUUUGUAUUUUUGUUUUGGUUUUUGUCCACGUCCAAGACUCUUCACAUUCCUUCGACUGUCAGUGUUACGAAGAAAAGGGCAAAGUGCAUGUGCGUCAGACGCACGCUCCUGUGCAAUUACGUGCAAAAAAAAAAAAAAGACUGUCCUUCACGUGGAAGUGAAGGGAAGGAACAUUUCACGUUACAGAGAUGCAAUCCAGCCCUCACACUACUUGUAGUCGGGUGCUGACCAAAUGUGAUUUAAAAAUGAAAUAAAGGUUUAAGAGAUUUA